CACCUGACACGUUGAUAAUUUAGGAAAGAUGAUUCACCCUGACACAGUUGCUAGAAGAAGCGAGUCUUCUUUCUUUUCAUAUUAAGUUAGAAUCAGAAGGCGAAACCACGAACGAACGGAAAUAUAGCGAAUAUGUCUUUCCAACGACCAUUUCUCAUAGCAUUGAAAAGAGAUUCAAACCAGCCAUGGGGAUUCAGAUUGGCUGGAGGAAGAGAUAAAGAAGAACCUCAUUACGUCCAGAAGGUUGAAUCCUCUAGUUUAGCGGAAAGAGCUGGUUUACACGAAGGAGACGAAUUAAUUCAAAUCGGUCGUGUUAAUAUACAAGAUUUAACACACGCUCAAGUCGAAGAGAUCUUAUUAAAGAGUUCUCGUCGAUUAGAAUUAUUUAUUAUAAGAGAAGAUAUUUUGAAAUCAAUUGGGAUGAACGAACCAUCAACUAUAAAAGCUGUUGUUCAUGCUCAAUAUAAUUCCCCUAUGGGAUUAUAUUCUUCUGAAAAUAUAGCAGAUACUAUGGCUCAACAUGCAGAAGUAGCUCUUUCGGAUAAUCAACAACAAAUUUAUUCUCCUCAACCAUACUUUGUGCAAAAUACAGAUAUUUCUCAAGAUCAAUCUAACAUCAUAAACACUCCUCAUUAUAAAUCUAAUAUGCAAAAAUUCAGACAAGUACAUGGACCCCAACCUUAUCAACCACACAUACAACAAAAAGAUGAUGUUUUAAAUACAUCGCAUUAUAAAUCAAACAUACAAAUGUUUCAAGAAAGGCAUAGCUCGCCUUUUAAACCACUUUCACAGAUUAAAGAAAAUGAGGAAGUUUUGAACACCCCUCAUUAUAAAUCCAAUAUGCAGAUGUUUAGAGAAAAACAUAGUGAGCAAAGUUACCAACAACCUGAAGUAAGGGAGAAUGAAGAAGUUUUAAAUACUGCUCAUUAUAAAUCUAAUAUGCAGAUGUUUAGAGAGAGACAUAGUUCUCCAAGUUUCCAACAACCACAAGAAGAGGAUGAAGACGUUUUAAAUACUGCACAGUAUAAAGCCAAUAUGAAAAUGCUUAGAGAAAGAUAUGUAUCUCCACCAUCUCAACAGCCUGAAGUAAAAGAAAGUGAUGAAAUUUUAAAUACUCCAGAAUAUAAAGCUAAUAUGCAAAAAUUAAGAGAGCGAUAUACAGCAAUGUCUCAACAGCAAAAUCAAACGCAAGAAGAAAUUAUUAAUACUCCUCAGUAUAAAACGAAUAUGCAGAUGUACAGAGAAAGACACAGUUCUCCUUCCAAUCAACAACCUCAAGUACAAGAAGAAAAUAUUAUAAAUACAUCUCAUUAUAAAGCAAAUAUGCAGAUGUUUAGAGAAAGACAGAGUUCUCCCAAUUAUCAGUCCCAAGUUAAAGAGAGCGAUGAAGUUUUAAAUACACCUGAAUAUAAAGCUAAUAUGCAAAUGUUAAGAGAAAGAUAUGCUCAGCAGCAAGCCGACGCUCAAAGAGAAGAAGUUCUAAAUACAUCCCAUUACAAAGCUAACAUGCAAAUGUUCAAAGAAAGACAUAGCUCUCCCACUUAUCAACAGCCCCAAGUGAAAGAGUCGGAGGAAAUUUUGAAUACUGCUCAUUAUAAAUCUAAUAUGCAAAAGACAAAAGAGAGACAAAAUUCGCCGUCUUUUCAGCAACCUCAAUUUAAAGAAAAUGAAGAAUUAUUAAAUACUCCUCAUUAUAAAUCAAAUAUGCAAAUGUUUAGGGAUAGACACAGCUCUCCUACAUAUCAAACACAAGUGAAACAGAAUGAGGAAGUGCUGAAUACGGCUCAGUAUAAAUCUAAUAUGAAAAUGCAAAAUGAACGUCAUACAUCAACUGUCCAGUUCGGGACUAAUCAGGGUGAAGCUGCAUUAAAUACUCCUCAUUAUAAAUCUAAUAUGCAAAUGCAAAAAGAUAGACAGACAACGAUGGUUCAGUUUGGAAUUAAUCAGAAUGAACCAGCCUUAAAUACUCCUCAAUAUAAAUCCAAUAUACAAAUGCAAAGGUCUCACCAAACAACAGUUCAAUUCGGAACUAGCCAGGGUGAACCAGUUUUAAAUACGCCUCAAUAUAGAUCUAAUAUGCAAAUGCAAAGAUCUCAUCAAGCAGUUCAAUUCGGAACUAAGGAGGGAGAGCCUGUCUUAAAUACUCCUCAAUACAAAUCUAAUUUGCAAAUGCAAAGAUCUCAUCAAGCAGUUCAAUUUGGAACUAAAGAAGGAGAAGCUGUCCUAAAUACUCCUCAAUAUAAAUCUAAUUUGCAAAUGCAAACAUCUCAUCACACAGUUCAAUUCGGAACUAAAGAAGGAGAAUCUGUCCUAAAUACUCCUCAAUACAAAUCUAAUUUGCAAAUGCAAAGAUCUCAUCAAGCAGUUCAAUUCGGAACUAAGGAGGGAGAGGCUGUCUUAAAUACUCCUUAUUAUAAAUCCAAUUUGCAGAUGCAAAAAGGUCAUCAAACAUCGACAGUUCAGUUCGGAACUAAAGAGGGAGAAGCAGUUUUAAAUACUCCUUAUUAUAAAUCCAAUUUGCAGAUGCAAAAAGGUCAUCAAACGUCAACAGUUCAAUUCGGAACUAAGGAAGGAGAAGCAGUCUUAAAUACACCUCAAUACAAAUCUAACAUACAAAUUUAUAAACAAAAACACGGACCCUCACCUUAUACUCAAGAAGUACAAACUAAACAAAGUACAGUUUAUCAAAGUGAAAGGGGAAUGUAUGAAUCUCAAAGUGACACGCAACAACAAGGAACACAACAAUAUAAAAGACAGAUAUCAACACUUCAUAUACAACCAUCUCAGAGCCAUAGAUCUCGACGAGUUCAGUCAGGUCGUUCAUCUUCAGAAUCUCCAGCUUCCACACCUAACACGACCAGAAAAAGGAUGCAAGCAGCUUGGCCUCCUAAACAAUCAAAUGUAAAACCUUUGCCUAAAGGUGGAUUCACUUCGACUAGUACAGGAAAACGACUGGUAUGGCCUCCGUCAUUACCCUCUAAAGAUUCCGAUGAGAGCUGGCCUCCUUCAGGAAGACAAACCCCACAAUCUCCAACUUUCGGACGAAAAAUGACGACGACUUGGAAUCCCUCGCCAUCACCUCCUUCUAUAAGAAGGACCCCUCUUGUUUCCCCUUCAACUCCCAGAAAAGCCACAUGGCCACCCGUUGAACCCACAGUUGAAAAAGUUAGCAGUUUCCAACCCGUUAGCAAACCAGACAAAAAAUCCGGUAAAUUCGACGAUUACAUAAAACACCAUGCCAGUUGUGGCGUUCCUGCAACGUACAAACCACCCCCGUUUACUCAACAUAGCUCUCAGUCUGAUAACUAAUUAUCAAAUUUGCAGGAGUGUUCGUAUGAUAUUGAUCGAAAAUUGAUUUGUUUGUAUCUUAUUUAUUAUUAAAAAUUAACGAAUACUUUCUCUGUAGAUAUUAAACUAACUACAGUCUUUUUUAAACCAUGCAUUUCGCUUGCAGUAUCGAUUCUAGCUCUAAGUCGACAAAUUCAAAAAUAAAAAACGACAAGAGGCCAUACAAGAAAAUUUUUUAUACGAUUAUUAUUCAAUAUUUUAUAUAUGCCUUUUCGGAAAAUAGUUAAAACAAACCUACUUUUAAUCGCCAUUAAUAAAUUUCCUUCGUACCUUAUUCGAAACAUCAAUUAUUCCCUAAUUUCUCCUUAUUUUUUUACCUUAUCGUUCUUGGAAAAUAAAGAUGGAGUUCAUAUAUAUUUGUUUGUUGAUCUCUAAAGAAACUUCCGAACGAUGCCCGUUCCGCAGAAGAAUAAACCAGUAAAAAAAAAAAAAAACAUUUUUGUAUUAAAUAAAACAAAAGGAAUAAAACAAUAUGGC